AUGGAAGAAAUCGUUUUUAAGAAACAUAAUCUUACUGUUAACGGUACCAGUGAAGGAAAAUCCGCCCCACAUGAUUUUUUUGAAAGUUUGACUGAUACCGCAUAUUUUCUAAAGGAGGAUAACUCAAUAGAAUCUAAUUUUACAACUCUUUCUUCUUCCGACAUUCAAAACACACCCGCAUCUAUAAAUAUAACCAUUAUACCAUUACAAAAUCAAACUCACAAAAACUUAACAUUAUCAAACAAUUUUAAAAUCGAAGAAACAAACUCCACUUUUUUAAACGAUACAAGCAGAGUUACUAGGCAAAAAGUCCAAGACAAUAAAGAUGACGACGAUAAUAAUGAUGUUGAUAAUGGUACAAAGGAAGACGAAAAUAAAAGUAAGGAAGGUGAUAAUAAAGAUUUAGAAAAGGAGGAACAGGUAGAUGAUAGUAGUGAGGAAGAAGGAAAUAUGGUUACUGGAUUGUUGGGAUCUUUAUUGGGAAGUUUAAGUAAACCCGACGGUAGCAUAGAUUUAGAAGCUAUAACGAGUUUACUAGGAAGUUUAAGUACUCAAAACACAGAUGGAUCCUACGAUUUUAGUGGCCUCACUGAACUUCUAAUGGGAUUUUUCGGGGGUGGUGAAGAUGGAGGAGGGGGAUCUGAUAUAGCAGGAUUUCUUGGUGGUUUAGUGGGAGCUGUACUAAAAGGAAGUGCCCAAAACCCCCCAGGUGGAGCUCCACCCUCUGAAGAUGCAGAUUCACCUCAAGCAGGUGGUCUGGAUUCCGGUGGAUUUCUUGGAGGUCUUCUUCAGGGAGUUUUCGCAGGAAGUGGAGGCUUAAGCAAUAGCAGUUCAGGAAUAAGUGGAGGAAGCAGCAAUAGCAGUGGUGGUGGUGGAGGAGGAGGAAACAAUGGAGUAAAUAGUAAUUGA